AUGUCGGACCCUCUGCUGUACAACAACAGCUCGGACCCUCUGCUGUUCAACAACAUCUCGGACCCUCUGCUGUUCAACAACAUCUCGGACCCUCUGCUCUCGGACCCUCUGCUGUACAACAGCAGCUCGGACCCUCUGCUGUACAACAACAGCUCGGACCCUCUGCUGUUCAACAACAGCUCGGACCCUCUGCUGUUCAACAACAUCUCGGACCCUCUACGAUUUGAAAGCAUGCUUCAGUGUUACUAUUGGCACCUCCGCCAUACAAAUAUGUCCUACCAUCAGGCCAGUGAGGCUUGUCCCAUAUACGACGACGUGUUAGCGUUUUCGUGCGCAUCAAACGACGCCAAAAGACUGGACCUCGCCAGUUUCGAGGAGGUGGAACAAGAUCUAGAUGGGCUGAAGCUAAAGAGAACCAGAACAGGGCUGGAGGAAGCGAAGGCCACGCGUAUACAGAAUCUUCUCAGCAUGUCGGUGGUAGCAAAGAAUCGCAGGGCAACUCUAGAGCGUGUGGAGAAGUUUAUAUCCAACAUUUACUUCACUGAUGUCAACCUCAGAGGGAGACUUUACCCCAAGAAGGCCCCGGUGACGUCCCUCCAUCACCACUGUACAGCUGAAAGGAUCAGAUAUGACCAGGCUGUCAGCAGGGAGUUCAAACCCACACAGGUCGGACACAACUUUGGGAAAACCUGGAGCACACACUGGUUCAAGGUCACACUGGACAUCCCUGAGCACUGGGAGGGGUCAGAGGUCAGGUUCAUCUGGGAUUCCGGGUCAGAGGCCAUGGUGUGGCAGGACGGAGAACCUAUCCAGGGUCUGUCUGGUGACACAUACUCCAGGACUGAUGUCAUACUGACGAAAAGACUGGACAAGACACAACCUCACCAUAUAACCCUGUAUGUAGAGAUGGCAGCUAACGGCAUGUUUGGAGCAGGCCAGGGCACCAUGAUCAGUGCUCCUGACCCCAACAGGACCUUCACCCUGUCCCGCGCUGAGUUAGCUGUGUUAGACAGGGACGUCUACAACCUACUCAUGGACUUUGAAGUCAUCAUCGACAUGGCAAAGCACAUCUCAGAAGAGAACCAGCGUAGUUACCAGGCCCUGUACACAGCCAACCAGAUGGUGAACGUGUGUGACGUCAGGGACAAGUCUACGUACGCACAGGCCAGAGAGAUCGCUCGUAACUUCCUGUCACAGCGGAAUGGUGACUCCCAACAUGUCAUACACGCCAUGGGACACUGCCAUAUUGACUCUGCGUGGCUGUGGCCUUAUGCUGAGACCAUCAGGAAAUGUGGUAGGAGCUGGGCGUCGACCAUCAGGCUCAUGGAGGAAUACCCACAAUUCACCUUCACAUGCUCUCAGGCUCAGCAGUUUGCCUGGGUGAAGCAACAUUACCCCACCUUAUACCAGAAGAUACAGGCUCGGGUAGCAGAGGGACAGUUUAUUCCAGUAGGAGGAACAUGGGUGGAGAUGGAUGGAAACAUUCCCAGUGGAGAGUCAUUUGUUAGACAGUUCUUGUUUGGUCAGAAGUUCUUCAAGAAGGAGUUUGGGGCCUACUGUAAGGAGUUCUGGUUGCCUGACACAUUUGGGUACAGUGCCCAGCUGCCCCAGAUCAUGGCAGGAGCCGGGAUUUACCGCUUCCUCACACAGAAACUCAGCUGGAGCCUCGUCAACAAGUUUCCUCACCACAUGUUUUACUGGGAAGGUUUGGACGGUAGCCGAUGCCUGGCACACUUCCCACCAGCUGACAGCUAUGGCACUGAGGCUAAAACUCAGGACCUUCUGAAGACAGUGAAGAACCACAAAGACAAAGGCAGAGUGAACAACAGUGUGCUGCUGUAUGGACAUGGAGAUGGAGGGGGAGGGCCUACGGAGGACAUGUUGGAGAGACUGAAAAGGCUAACAGAUGUAGACGGACUACCAAGAGUUGCGAUGUCAAGUCCAGACAAGUUCUUCAGCAAAGUUGAGCAGGAGGAGAGCAGUAACCUGUGUACCUGGGUUGGGGAGUUAUAUCUGGAACUGCACCAAGGAACCUUCACUACACAAGCACAGAUCAAGAAGGGGAACAGACAGUGUGAAUUCUUGUUCCAUAAUAUAGAACUGAUGGCAACACUGGCCUGGGUAGCAACCAGGGGCAAGGACACAAACAGGUAUGAGUACCCGUGUGAGCCCCUGGCCCACAUGUGGAGGCUGUUUCUGUUGAACCAGUUCCAUGAUGUGUUACCAGGCAGCUGUAUCAAGGCUGUAGUAGACGAUGCACUGCAGUAUUAUCAAGAAAUUCAGACUUCCGGGUGCAAGCUCUUGGGAGAAGCAACAGAGAGACUGCUCUCUGCAAAGUCUUCUGCAAGUGUUGCAGGGGCAGUCAACACACUAUCCUGGGACAGAGAAGAGCUGUUGGAAAUCCCAGCAGGCCUUGCCUCAAAGAUGAUGAUUGACAGCUCUGUGCCACAACAGGAGUUGGAUGAUGGAACUGUGCUAGUGUGUGCCAGCUGCCCCAGUAUGGGCUAUGCUGCUCUAGAGGCCCCUGAAUCUGACUUGUGGCCAGUGUCUGUGUCAGUGGAUGAACAUCAGGGCUCUGUAGUGCUUGAGAAUGGGUACAUCUCUGCAUCCAUAGACUACAUGGGGAGGGUGACUUCAUUGGGGCUACUGGAAACUGGCAGGGAGGCAAUCGCCCCGGGUUGCCUUGGUAACCAGUUUGUGUUGUUUGACGAUGUCCCCCUGUACUGGGAUGCCUGGGACGUCAUGGACUACCAUCUGGAAACAAGGAAGCCCCUGACAGAUGUCUCACAGCAGGUGCACAUCACGGAGAGUGGUCCCCUCCGUGCAGCUGUCCAGGUGCAGAUCCCCAUCAGUGAUGCCAGCUACAUCAAACAGACCAUCACACUGGACACAGGCAGUAUGGAGCUCAGGUUUCACACUCAGGUUGAGUGGCACGAGAAUCGAAAGUUCCUGAAGGUGGAGUUCCCGUUGCACGUGCGUACUACAGAGGCCACGUAUGAGACAGCGUUUGGACACCUGCGCCGGCCCACACACCAGAACACUUCAUGGGACUGGGCAAGAUAUGAGGUUUGUGGCCACAAGUGGGCAGACCUGUCUGAGUACAACUUUGGAGUGGCCCUCAUGAACGACUGCAAGUACGGGCACUGUGCACAGGGCAAUGUCAUCAGGCUAUCUCUCCUGAAGUCUCCCAAGGCCCCAGACAGUGAGGCAGACAUGGGACAUCACACCUUCACCUAUGCUAUCAUGCCUCACAUGGGAACGUUCCAAGAUGCAGGGGUAAUCCAGGCAGCCUACAGCCUGAACCAGCCCCUCCUGCCUGCACAGCUGCCAGCUGACCCGGACAGCAGGAGUCACAGCUUCUUCACUGUCAGCAACCCUGCUGUCAUUCUAGAAACUGUCAAAAAGGCAGAAGAUCAGGAGAAUGCCAUAGUGCUGAGGUUGUAUGAGUCCUGUGGUGGACAUGGGACAACUGCAGUAUCUUCCACACUACCUAUUACCAGGGUAGACAGGUGUAACCUGUUGGAGGAAGUGGACAGCAGCACUGCCCUACAGUGGGAGGGGGGCAGUGUCCAGCUGUCCUUCACACCUUUUCAGAUCAUCACACUACUGGCAUACCUGUGA